AGCUCCACCCUCCUUCUGAUCGACAAGAGAAUCGCCCAAUAAAAGGAGAGGGUGUCGGCUCUAUAUUACCACGGAGCAAUGGGAGAGCAAGACAGCCUGCUCGGAGGCGGGACCUUACGAGGCUGGGCCGAGGAGUCCGCCUGGGUGAGCGGCAGCAGCCAAACCCGGGGAGCGACGGAAGGGCCCAGGUUGUGGGCCCUGGCAGCUGAACUGAGAGUGUAUGUGUAUGAAUAACCAGGGAGCCCCUUUUGCAUUGGAGGAAGGUGGGUUCAUUAAUGAAAAUGCCGCCUCCAUCUGACAUUGUCAAAGUGGCAAUUGAGUGGCCAGGUGCUAAUGCCCAGCUGCUGGAAAUCGACCAGAAACGGCCCCUUGCGUCCAUUAUCAAGGAGGUUUGUGAUGGGUGGUCACUACCAAACCCUGAAUACUACACUCUUCGUUAUGCAGAUGGCCCCCAGCUAUAUAUCACUGAACAGACCCGCAGUGACAUAAAAAAUGGGACUAUCUUGCAGCUGGCCAUCUCACCGUCCCGGGCAGCCCGCCAACUUAUGGAGAGGACACAGUCAUCUAACAUGGAGACUCGGCUGGACGCCAUGAAGGAACUAGCGAAACUUUCUGCUGAUGUGACCUUUGCCACUGAAUUCAUCAACAUGGAGGGAAUCAUGGUGUUAACGAGACUGGUGGAGAGUGGUACCAAGCUUUUGUCCCAUUACAGUGAGAUGCUGGCAUUUACCCUGACUGCCUUCCUGGAACUCAUGGACCAUGGUAUUGUCUCCUGGGACAUGGUUUCGAUCACCUUCAUUAAGCAGAUUGCUGGGUAUGUGAGCCAGCCCAUGGUGGAUGUGUCCAUCCUGCAACGGUCCCUGGCUAUCCUGGAGAGCAUGGUCCUGAACAGCCAAAGCCUGUACCAGAAGAUAGCUGAGGAGAUCACCGUGGGCCAGCUCAUCUCUCACCUCCAGGUCUCUAAUCAGGAGAUCCAGACUUAUGCCAUCGCACUGAUUAAUGCACUUUUCCUGAAGGCACCUGAGGACAAGAGACAGGACAAGCUCCUUAAUCCUCUAGACCUGCCUGUUACUGAUAUGGCCAAUGCAUUUGCACAGAAGCACCUUCGGAAUAUAAUCUUGAAUCAUGUAAUUCGAGGUAAUCGACCAAUCAAAACUGAGAUGGCUCAUCAGCUCUAUGUACUUCAAGUUCUGACCUUUAACCUUUUGGAAGAGAGGAUGAUGACCAAGAUGGACCCUAAUGAUCAGGCACAAAGAGACAUCAUAUUUGAAUUAAGGCGAAUUGCAUUUGAUGCAGAGUCUGACCCUAUGAGCGUCACUGGGAGCGGGACAGAGAAACGAAAAGCCAUGUACACCAAGGACUACAAGAUGCUGGGAUUCACUAACCAUAUCAACCCAGCAAUGGACUUCACCCAGACUCCUCCAGGGAUGCUAGCUCUGGAUAACAUGCUCUACUUGGCUAAAGUCCAUCAGGAUACCUAUAUCCGGAUUGUCUUGGAGAAUAGCAGUCGGGAAGAUAAGCAUGAAUGUCCCUUUGGUCGAAGUGCCAUUGAGCUCACCAAAAUGCUGUGUGAAAUCCUGCAGGUCGGGGAACUGCCAAAUGAAGGACGGAAUGACUACCACCCAAUGUUCUUCACUCAUGACCGAGCAUUUGAGGAGCUCUUUGGAAUCUGCAUUCAGCUGCUGAACAAGACUUGGAAGGAGAUGAGGGCAACAGCGGAAGAUUUCAACAAGGUUAUGCAAGUGGUACGGGAGCAGAUCACCCGGGCUUUGCCCUCAAAGCCUAACUCUUUAGAUCAGUUCAAGAGCAAACUUCGGAGCCUGAGUUACUCUGAGAUUCUGAGAUUGCGCCAGUCUGAGAGGAUGAGUCAGGAUGAUUUCCAGUCCCCACCGAUUGUGGAGUUAAGGGAGAAGAUCCAGCCAGAGAUCCUGGAGCUAAUUAAGCAGCAGAGGCUGAAUCGGCUCUGUGAAGGGAGCAGUUUCCGGAAAAUUGGUAACCGUAGGCGGCAAGAGCGGUUCUGGUAUUGUCGCCUGGCCCUGAACCAUAAGGUUCUGCAUUAUGGAGAUCUGGAUGACAACCCUCAGGGGGAGGUGACCUUUGAAUCUCUGCAAGAGAAAAUUCCUGUUGCAGAUAUCAAGGCCAUUGUCACUGGAAAGGAUUGUCCUCAUAUGAAAGAAAAAAGUGCUCUCAAGCAGAACAAGGAAGUAUUGGAAUUGGCCUUCUCCAUCCUGUAUGAUCCCGAUGAGACCUUAAACUUCAUCGCUCCUAAUAAGUAUGAGUACUGUAUCUGGAUUGAUGGCCUCAGCGCCCUCCUUGGCAAAGACAUGUCCAGUGAGCUGACCAAAAGUGACCUGGACACCCUGCUGAGCAUGGAGAUGAAGCUUCGGCUGCUCGACCUGGAGAACAUCCAGAUCCCUGAGGCCCCUCCCCCUGUCCCCAAGGAGCCCAGCAGCUAUGACUUUGUCUACCACUAUGGCUGAGUCUCUGCCCCAGGAGUGGGGAUUGGGCCCAGGAGGAAGGUGCUUAGAUGCUGGGGCCUUGUCCUUUGCUUGUAUAGAAUUCAUGCUGACUGUGGUGGCCAGGUGAAUGCCACUCAUUCCUCAACUCCAUGUCUUAGACUGAAAAGCUUCCUGUUGAUGCCAGUCAGCUAAAAGAGGGAAGUGGGGUCUUGUGCCCUCCCUUCUUUCCACUGUGGAUCAGACUCGGGGGCCUGGAAAGGGAACACCGUGCAAAGGUUGUAACACCGGGGAACAGAUAGCAUCUCUUCUGUUCUCCAGGUGGGGCAACCCUGAGCAGGCUGGCACAGACAAUACAUACAGUUGUCCUGAGGUGGCAGCACUUAGGUGGCUGGCCCCUGUACGAUAUGGAGGUGGCCCCACAGAGCUCUCCUGUGUUGGGGGGGCGAGUGGGAGCAGAGGCCCACUGCAGAGAGAACCAUAAGAAAGACAGCCCAAAGGUGGCAGCCCAGCUGCAUUGUAUAUAUAGAGGAAAGCGCCAAAUCCCAUCUCCUCUGCUGUUGAGGACUUCUUUUGUGCCCAACUCUCCAUACGGGUCCAAGUUAUUGCUGCUGUUCUUGUGGAAGUGCAACUCUAAUGUUUCUCUAGAUUCUGAAACUGCCACAGCUCUCCUACCCAGGAACUGGCAGGACAGCUAGAGGUUUCAAAUGGCUCUCUGUCGGGGUUCCUCACAGUUGAAAAGCCUUCUCUGUCAGAAGUAGCUUUGCCUCUUAGAAGCUAGAGACAUUGGAACAAACUAUGGUACUCUUGUUUUUUGGCUAUGGGUGAUGUUGCUUUAUUUCAUAGAAUCUAAGGGCCAGAAAGGACCUUAGAAUAUAGAAUGUUGGAGAGGGAAGGGACCUCAGAGGCAUGUUUAGGCAACUCCUACCUGAAGCAUGAAUUCCUUCUUUAGAGCAUCCCUAAUGGGUAGUCAUCUAGCUUCUGCUUGCUGACUUUCAGUAGUGGGGAGCUCACUACCUCUAGAGACAGCCCCUUCCAUUUGGGAUGGCUCUUAUUGUUAAGAAGUUCUUCCUCAUUUUGGGCCUUAUUCUAUCUCUAUGUAACUUUCACCCACUGGCUCUACUUUUACCCGCUGGGGCCAAGCAGAAUAAGUCUUAUCUACAGGGCAACCCUGCAGAUAUUUGAAGGCAGCCUAAACUUAAUUUUCCUCAUUCCUUCAGCAAAAACCAAUCUUGAUAACCUGAAUGAAAGACUAGACUUUUUUGGCCCCAAGAAUUAUUUUUAGUUUCCUUUUGGUCUCCAGACCCCAGGAAGUCUGCCUAGCACUCCCCACAUGUGGCUUUUACCUCCUGCCUUGUUUUCAGGGAGCUGGCCCAAGCUAAAGCUGUGCAAAUGGGACUUUCCUAGCUUACCACAUAAUGUCCCUAGGCAUCACCACUUGAACACAGCUGCAUUUGGUUAUGGUAGUUUCAUGUGGUAGGUACUGGUCCAAUGAAGAUUGUACUAUAUAUUUUCUCUACUAUAGGCCAUACUUAUACAGACAUGUGUAUAUAUCUAUAUAUAUCUAUAUAAAUAUUUAUAUUUAUAUAAGAUCCACCUAUUCUAGGAUGGAAUGUUUUGUGAAAAAAUGAAAUUGAGAAGAGAAGAAAAACCAAGACAAGCUCUGAGCCGAGAUUGUAAUGUAAGAGAACUCAGGAGGGCAGGCGAGGAACGUCCUGUCAGAAACUGUGUUUUCAAUAAAUACUCUCAUGUAUGG